CUUUUCUUUCUUUUUCCCACACACAUCAACUACACUUCUUUCUUCUAUUACAAACACCACCAGUCAAAUAACCAUGGGUCUUCUCGAUAUCGUCCCUGCCGGCGUCAUCACCGGCGACAAUGUCCACAAGGUUUUUGCCUAUGCUUCCAAGCACGGAUUCGCCAUCCCCGCCAUCAACUGCACAUCCUCCUCCACGGUCAACGCUGCUCUUGAGGCUGCUCGUGACGCAAAGUCCCCUAUUAUCAUCCAGUUCUCUAAUGGAGGUGCUGCCUACUUUGCUGGAAAGGGCAUUUCCAACAAGGACGAGCAAGCUUCCAUUUUGGGAGCUAUUGCAGGUGCCCAUCACGUCCGCACUGUUGCUAAGGCCUAUGGCAUUCCCGUUAUCCUGCAUUCGGACCACUGCGCUAAGAAGCUUCUCCCUUGGUUCGAUGGUAUGUUGGCUGCUGAUGAGGAAUACUUUGCCAAGCACGGCGAGCCCCUUUUCUCGUCCCAUAUGCUUGAUCUCUCAGAAGAGAGCAAGGAGGAAAACAUCGAAAUUUGUGUCAAGUAUCUUGAGCGCAUGGCCAAGAUCAAUUGCCACCUCGAGAUGGAGAUUGGUAUCACUGGAGGUGAGGAGGAUGGUGUUGAUAACUCGGGCGUUGACAAUGCUUCACUCUACACCCAGCCCCAAGAUAUUCUCGAUAUCUACAAUGCCUUCUCCAAGAUCACUUCCUUGUUCUCGAUUGCCGCCGGCUUCGGUAACGUCCACGGAGUCUAUGCCCCUGGUAACGUCAAGCUCCACCCUGAGCUUCUCGGCAAACAUCAGGCCUAUGUGAAGGAGCAGCUCAAGCUCGAGACCGACAAGCCCGUCUGGUUCGUCUUCCACGGAGGUUCCGGUUCAACUGAGGAGGAGAUCAAGACCGCUGUCAAGAACGGUGUCGUUAAGAUGAAUGUUGACACUGAUACCCAAUGGGCUUACUGGAAGGGCAUCAAGGACUUUUACGAGAAGAAGAAGGAUUACCUUCAGGCUCAGGUUGGCAACCCCGAGGGCCCCAACAAGCCCAACAAGAAAGUCUACGAUCCUCGCGUUUGGGUCCGCGAGGGUGAAAAGACCAUGGCCGAACGUGUCAAGAUUGCUUGCAAGGAUCUUGGCAACGUUGACCGCUUGUAAAUACUCUUAAUCACCUCUUGAAAGGAGAGGAAAACAAAUAUACUGAAGCAUUCACCUUUCUUUCUCAAUAAAGAAUAAAAUCUAUAAUUUCCUGAA